AUGGCAGGCAGUUUCCUGCCAUAUCACGAGCCAAACAUCGUCCAGAUUCUAAUCGUAAUCUCAUUUUUCUUCUUUCUUUCUCUGGCGGAAUGGGUCUCUGCAAGGGUCAUCCAAGCCGGAAUCAUCGGGCAGAUUGCAGUAGGUAUCAUUUAUGGGUUACCUUUAGCAAACAUCCUAGAUAAGUACUGGCAGGAGACGUUUCUCGUGUUAGGAUAUGUCGGGUUGAUCUUAAUUAUCUUCGAGGGAGGGCUUAGCGCUCGUCUCGAUCUUCUCAAGAAGAAUUUUAUUCUCAGUCUUCUGGGAGCCGCGGUUGGGGUUCUCCUCCCGAUUGGUUUCUCCUAUUUGCUGCUUUACCUUGGAUUUAGAUAUGGACCCGUGGAAACCUUCAUCGUCGGUGCUGCGUUAUCAGCCACUUCUCUGGGCACCACAUUUGCAGUUAUGAAAUCAGCAUCUAGAUCUAUAGACCUUGCACAGACACGAGUGGGCGCGGUGCUUGUGAGCGCUGCUGUCAUUGACGAUGUCGUCGGUCUCGUCCUAUUGAGCAUAAUCGCCAAUCUUGGUAAGCUCUCCGGCGGAGGCAACGUUAACCUGGGCUGGAUCAUCGGCCGGCCCAUCGUCGCCUCCUUCGCCAUGGCCAUCCUCACCCCCAUCCUUACAAAAUACUUUUUUGCAAAGGUUUUCCGACGGUAUAUCGAGCAUGCCUUUGCGCGUUACGAUCAUGUUUCAAACUUCAUCCUCAUGGUGCUGGUCCUCUGCGCAUUCGUCACCAUCGCCGCAUACGCGGGUACCUCCGUCCUUUUCGGCGCCUUCCUCGCCGGAAGCUUUCUGACCUAUAUACCAACCAAGCAUCCAUCGGGUCCGUUUGUGGUCAUGAGCCGCGAGGAAGGCGAGCGAGAAGCGCAUAAGAGUCCCACAUUCGUCCAUACCUUUGAGGCGUAUCUGCUGGACGUGCAGUCCUAUCUGAUGGAGCCGCUAUUCUUCGCUAGUAUCGGGUUUGCCAUCCCGUUUGUGCAGCUUUGGACGGGGAAGAGGAUUUGGAGGGGGGUGGUGUUUUCCCUUCUGAUGGUCGUUGCUAAGUUUGCGGUUGGUAUCUGGCUUCCGUUAUGGAAAUAUGUUCCACUUCUGAGGCCUUCCAAGCGGGAGGCAUUGUCCAAGGAAGUGAAUAGUGAGCAGGAGCUGCAGAACGGCUCAGCGCGUGAGAAAAAUGGGAGUUCGCGUUCUAAUACCACCUGGUUGUCUGGGUUGCUCUUGGGCUCUGCGAUGGUCGCGCGCGGUGAGAUUGGUCUGCUUAUCAUCGAGAUCGGGUAUAACGAGACAUCCUAUGUGAGUGAGGAGGCCUUCAUCACUGCCGUUUGGGCUAUUCUUCUUAACACUAUCCUCGGGCCGAUGACGGUUGGGCUGCUCGUCAAAUAUUAUGGGAAGAGGAUUGGAGAGGGGGAAUGGGGACUGCAAGAGCGGGAGCCCCUCAUACCUGGUCAGAGUGUUGAACACAGGCAAGGGGAGGUAUGA